AUGAUUUCUAGUCACCCUCUCUUCCCACUGCUCGCCCUGAUCUUCGAAAAAUGCGAACUGGCCACCUGUACCCCUCGAGAGGGAAUGGGAACAAGCUGUUCAGGCGGAGCCAUAGACGUCUGCUCCUCCGAUUCAUUCCAGGAGGAUAUUGACGUAUUCAUCAAAGAGGUAGACUACCUGUUUUACUGCUUUGAGUUGGUCUUAACAUGUUUUCCCAGUUUGGUAGUGACAGCGGGACCUUGA